GUGUACCAGAAUCAUUUUGUUUGCAUUGCUAGUUCAUAUUCCGUGGAACGUUGCGGUGUAUAAGAAAAAACAUCGACAGAGCAGACACAACGAGUCUAAAGCAGGCGACAGAUACACACGGAGCCUUACACCAGAUAACGAGUCGGCAUCAUGAGUAAUGAAGACAUGGAGAACCCUGGUCAAUUUAUAGAGAGGCCCCCCGAAGAUGACCCUGGUCCGUGUUUGGCAUCCGGCGAAAACACACAAAUUGUACAUCCUGAUGUGACAGAGGAAGGGGACCGAGCUGAGGUAUUGACAGACAAGAAGCCCAAGGAUUGUGUUAACACUGAAACAUCAUGGACCACUGACGUUGAACAAAGCAUGGAGAGCUCCUCUUACAACGAUUCAAUUACGAGUACCGACAGCAGAUCUGCGCUUCUAAAUGGACAGGCCGGAAGUAACGUCACCCUUCAAGAAAAACCUACCAUUCUGGAUAUCCCAUUCAUACAGGUUGUGUAUGAAUACAAUGAUUUCCAGGACCUUGCCAAUGUCGACCAGUACCGAUCUCGUUCCAACACUAUGGUGGGGUUGCUGGAAAGUCCGGCCUACAUUGACUCUGUUAACUGUCCGACAACUGACCGACGGAGGCUAGCUAGGGCGUGCCGUAACGCUGUCUUGACCCUUAGUCAGGAGAUUGUGCCGAAGAAAACGAUAGAUGUCCCUAAUGACCCCGAUAAGUACGAUGACGUCACUCCGACAGAUAAAGACGGGGAAGAUCAAGGCGAUUUCAAUUCCAUUAAUCACCAUAUGAAUAACCUGGUGUUUCUGGGUAUCACCGUGUUUCUGAUGGCUACGGCGAUUGUUUCACUGAAGAACUUGCAGAGCAGUCUCAACCACAGUGACAGCGUUGGUUUGUACUCUCUGGCGGCAAGCUAUUGUAGUUUCACAGUUUUCAGUCUCUUUACUCCAUUUAUUGUUCAAAGGUUCCGUCCCAAACGUUGUCUGGUGAUCGGUCUCCUACCACAAGUUUUAUACGUGGUGGCGAAUCUUUAUCCAACCUUUCAAAUCCUAGUCACAAUGGCUUUCCUUCAGGGUAUCGGAAAUGCUAUCUUGUGGAAUGCCAUUAGUACCUAUGUCACAUAUCUGGCACGCUCAUACGCACUCAAAAAUGAUGACCGCACGGUUCACGUUGCCAGUAAGUAUUUUGGGAUCCUUUUCUUCUUCUACCAGUUUUCCAUGGUAGUUGGAAACCUCAUAUCAUCUGUUGUUCUGAUGUUGGGACGUAACAACGACGCUCAAGUUCUGGCCACACACAACCUCACCGAAAAAGUUUACAUGUAUUCGUCUUUCAAUCAAUCACACAAUGAACUUGUGGACAACAAUCUUCAUUCCUCCCAAGAAACUACCCCUGGUGUAUGUGGUAGCAAAUACUGCCAUUCCGAUAAUUUAGUACUGCCAAAUAUGUUCGUGAAGGAUGAAACUAAGUAUAUGUUGAUGGGAAUAUUUGGUCUGUGUGCUGCAUUUUCUGUUGUUGUUCCAAUCUACUUGUUGAGCGCUCUAAAGCCCUACAGGACAACCCAUGCGAACAUUUCCUUGGUCUGCAAACAGUUUACGUCCGUCCUCAAGUGUACCUUAGAUCGUCGCUUCCUUAUGCUGUUUCUGGCCUUCAUGUACAGUAGCGUUCAAAAUGGCUUCGUUACCGGAGACGUUACCAAGGCAUUCGUGACCUGUCCACUCGGUAUACACAUGGUCGGAUACACCAUGAUCUGUUUUGGCGUCUGUGGAGGUCUCAGCUCCUACGUCAGUGGUUACAUCAACAAACACGUGGGACACGUCUGGCUUUUGACAGCAGCUGCCAUAUUGAACCUGAUCCUUCUUCUUGUGAUGUCGCUCUGGGUACCACGUGACAAUGGCAUGAUAUUCUACUUUAUCUUGGUUGGUUGCUGGGGCCUGGGGGAUGGUAUUUGGAUCUCGCAAGUGAGCAGUCUGAUCAGUGAGGUAUUUCCAGACUGUAUUGAGGAAGCCUUCGCGGCUCAACGGAUUGUCCAGGGCCUUGGUGGAGCCCUGUGGUUUGGUCUGGCCACGUCCUUGUGUAUGAUGACCAAGAUUGCAUUGAUGGUUGUACUGUGCAUACUAUCUAUUGGCCUGUACAUCCUCCAGGAAGUCAUCACUAAACACAGGCCGCCUAUUGAAGACAAGGCCGAGAAAGCCACUGUUUAAAACAUAAAUUUAACAAUAAGGGUAUAUUAUUAUUGUUCUCAUCUUUUAAACGUGUUUCCUAGACUUUUACUCGUAGAAAGUCAGUUGAAGAGAUAUACUAUAUUCCGUGCAUUAACAUAUGUUUUUAUCGCUUUUUCAAUAUUUUUUAAUAGAAAAGACGUCGAAACAUCGCAAGACAUGAAAUUUUGAAGAAAGUGAAACCUUUUAUCAUGACAAUAUAUGGCUGCAACUCGUUUUUGAUUUGAAGAAAGAUUAUUUUAUGUUACUUUACAUAACGAUAGACCUUACAGCGAAUCCGUUUCUUGUCAGUCAUUGAUAUAUUUUUGUUAGUAUCACCUUUUCUGUAAUCACUAUGUUAUUAUGGUGUCGAUUUGUCACGCAGCGUGAAUCUAAUUGAUAACAAGUAUAAAGGAACAGUGAUGAUGCCUCAUAACAUCUAGUUACCAAGGGCAACGUACAAACAUACACUUUAAGUCAUUCAUGCGAAUCACAAUGAAAAUGUUCAGUUGGAAUUCAUAGGUCAUUGUUACAGUCGAGCCAAUGAUUGUCCAUGAUGUGUCAUAGGUCAUGUCUAUACGAGAUGCUUUCAGGUUGAGUAUAUACACUCUGGAAAGUUACAUAGAUGGAAGGCGACAUCGCCGUAUUCACAAUCUCCGAUUUUAAUAUUAGUUUUAAGUUCAAGUGUUCUGUACUAGAUGUCUUAAAUAGCUAAUCUGAGUCAUCAUCGCAAGUUUUGACGUCACAGACCUUGUAGUAGCCUUGCCCUGUUCGUUUUUGGAUUCCUUGUCGUAGAUAUUUUGCAAGCGAUUUCUCGGUGUAUAAGGACAUACAUUGUCAUUAGAUAGCUUAGUCGGUAGAUGAAUUAACUGUUUAUUUCGUCUAGUCGGAUCUUUUUAAAAUCUAAUAUCUAUAUCAAUAAAUUUAGGUAGGGACUUGUGCAAGUCUGUAGUUUAUAUCAAGGAUGAGUUCGCUCAUGGAGGGUUCAAGUUCGACUCAGGGUUACGAUUGUUUGGUGAUAUGUAUAAUGUUGUGUACAGUGUAUCGUUGUUGAUACGUUAAAUUGUUUAUCUCUAAAUUCCAUUAAAGUUUUGCUAUAAUGUACGAAAUUAUUUUCAAAAAAAUAAUCUUCUCCAAAAUAUUUUUUCUCCAAAAUUUAACUUUAGAGAAUGUGAAUGAUGUCAACGUGUACAUUGUAUUGAAUGGAAUAUUGAUUGUGUCAGUUGUUGAAAACGACAUACUGUGUAUGUCAUUGAGAAUGUUAAGGAGCUACUGGAUUAGUAUCGUACCGAACGUGCGAUUGUGAAAAGUGUACUUGCUUUUUUAUGUAUUUAUUGAAAUGUGUGUAUAUACUUGAAUGGAUCGUUAAUCAUUUGUAUAUAGAACUGAUUCUUAUUAUCAGACGUUGAGGAGUACAUCUCGAAAUCAGACAAGAUAUAAACUUUUAUUUGCCUGUAAGUGCUAUUGGACAGCUGUUGUAGGACACUACCUAAUGAUUAAUAUUUUUUUUGCUUGAUUGCUAUGUUAAAUUGGUGCUUUUAUUCAGUAGGCAUUCUCGCAUAAUAUUUCUGCCCAGCGUUUUUUUUUUUUUUUUUACUUUUCUUUUCAUUUUUUUAUUUAGUAAAAACGAUUAUAUUGUUUUAGAACAUUAUUCUGUUAUGAUGCGAUGAAUGGUUCCAUUUGGCGAUCAUAAAGAGAAAUAUUUCAAUCAUCCUUGUGGUGUAUUUCACGUCAUUAUAAUAAAUUUCCACAUCUUGUUUCAUGGCUUAGAAUUCCAUGACAACCAGGAAAUUAUACGAUAGCCUGUUACUUGUAAAUGUACACACAUGUACACGAACUGGGCAUAACGAAUUCGAAUUUGAAAUUUAUUAUUUGUUUAAAACCAUGAAAAGGAAUCCUGAAUACGUAAUAAGGGUCAGUACCUGAAUUGCAGGGAGUUUCAUUGUUACUUUUAUGUUUUGAGAUCUCUUUGAUUCUUUUCAUUUUUUAUUUCACGUAUAUCUUAAUUUUAUGACAGAAUUACCCUAUUUCCUUUUAUUUCUGUAAAUCUGUUUUGAUGAGCAUUGUCUUUUGUGACCAACCUUUGUUCAUUGGUUGUUUUGUUAUCUUUCAGACAAAUGUAGACUAUUAUUUUUGUGGCUCAGAUGGUAUGAGACCUGUUUAUCAUGGUACUCAAGAAGUGAUACUUUUACAUCAUAGAACCAUCGCCACUGUCAGUAUUUCGUUAAGAUGUACCUAUACAUUAAGUGUUUGUUAAAUGAGCAAUAAAAUUGAAGACAAAAAAACA